AAUUAAAUGAAAUUACCGCAGCGACAGGAAUAUUUCAUAUGUUAAUUAAUAUGAAAGAAGGCGACAACCGAAAUUAAAAAUUAUGUUCGUUUGACAAAUUGGAGAAGACAACGUCGGGGCAUAAGCAAUCGAACGUUACUGCUGCUGAAUCAUGUGGACUUUAACCGAUAACAAUGUUUCAAUACGCAGACAAUACACAAACAAUGGGGACCUACUAUUGAUGAGAGAACAUAUAAUACGAAAUUCAAUAAAACUUCAUAUAGAAAUAAUGCAAAGUUUUUUACUAUGUGCCGUAGUCGUGUUAAUAAUUGGCAUAACAGAAGCUUCCAAUUACUUUGACACGCAGGGGCCUAACUUCUCACACGAGCCACCAAGUCGCAUCGAAUUUACGAAUACCGCGGGUAGCAUUGCUGACUGCAUAGCACAUGGCAAUCCUCCACCGAAUGUUGAGUGGUUAGAUAAGGAGAACAAUCCUAUCACUUCCAUCUCUAAGGUUCGCCAUAUUCUAGCUAAUGGUUCUUUAUAUUUUCCACCUUUCGAAGCUGAAGAGUUCCGUCAAGAUGUACAUUGGUCGGUAUACAGAUGUGUGGUAAACAAUGCCGUUGGCUCUAUAGUGUCGCGGGACGUUAUUGUUAAAGCUGUGGUUAAUCAACGUUAUGAACCGGAAGUACAAAAUCCUGGUGGUUUUAUUGGUAGCAAUGUAUUAAUCAAAUGCAAUAUACCGUCAUUUGUAAAGGAGUACGUGACGGUGACGUCUUGGUUGCAAGAACCCAAUUUCAAUAUAUACCCGUCACUGGAAGGAGAUGGAAAAAAUCAUAUGCUGCCAACUGGUGAAUUAUUGGUGUACAAUAUUACAAGGGCGGAUGCUCUUAAAAUAUAUCGCUGUCGUACACAUCAUAAACUGACACAGGACUCCGUUGUGAGCGGUAAUGUGGGAAAAAUUCAACUGACCGAAAUGCGCGAACUGGUACCCCCCAUAAUGAACGAGAAACGCUUGAGUAUUACGGCACGAGUUGGCGAUCCGGUGGUUGUGCCAUGUGUGGCAUACGCAAAUCCCAAACCUGUAUAUCGUUGGCAAACGAAACGGCCAAAUAACGAAGAAUCUAUUCAGCAUUUGUUGGCAACUGGACGAGCGAAAAUUAAAGAUGGAACACUUAUUAUAACCGCAAUGGACAAAUCAGACAAUGGUGCCUUCUAUUGCACGGCCACGAACUCGGAGGGUAGCGAGACACUUGACGUGCAAGUGUCAGUUACCUCGCCGCUGACUGCUGCCAUACAGCCCACUGUGCAAACAGUAAAUUUGGGGAAAACGGCAGAUUUGAUUUGUUCAAUUUCGGGUUUUCCCAAGCAAAGCAUUUCCUGGCUAAAAGAUGGUCAGCCUCUGCGUUCCGGUGCCCGGGUACGUCUUCUAUCAAAGGAGCACAUACGCAUCACUUCCAUUACCAAAGAAGACAAAGGCAUGUAUCAGUGCAUGGUUAAGAAUGAUAUUGAAUCUGUGCAAGCAACUGCUGAAUUACGUUUGGGCGAAGUUGCACCGCAACUUAUCUACAAAUUCAUUGAGCAAACUAUGCAGCCUGGUCCCUCGGUAUCGUUGAAAUGCAGUGCCACCGGUAAUCCCACACCGAAAAUAAUAUGGCAUUUAGAUGGCUUCCCUUUACCUAAUAAUGACCGCCUUAUGAUUGGCCAGUAUGUGACGAUGUUCGGUGAUGUCAUUAGUCAUGUAAAUAUAUCUGCUGUCAAAUCCGAAGAUGGUGGUGAUUACGAGUGUAAAGCAAUUUCUCGCGCCGGUGAAGCAUCACAUACUGCUCGACUGAAUAUUUAUGGAAUGCCCUACGUACGUCCAAUGCCCAAACUUUCUGCAGUAGCUGGAAAAAUGUUCUUCCUCAAAUGUCCUGUGGCAGGAUAUCCCAUUGACAGCAUCAUUAUUGAAAAAGACGGCGUUAGACUACCAACAAAUAUAUGACAACGUGUUCAAAAUGGUUCAUUACUUAUUGAGAAUGUUCAGCGAACUGCCGAUCAGGGCACUUACACAUGCAUCGCUCGCAAUAAACACAAUUAUACAUCACAACGUUCGGUUGAAGUUAAAGUCCUUGUUCCGCCUAAGAUUACACCAUUUUCAUUCGCUCGCGAUCUGAAUGUCGGCGACCGCACAAGCAUUCAAUGUGUCAUUGGCACCGGUGACCUACCGCUCACAUUCACCUGGCUGAAGGACGGACAACCGUUACAAGCGGCAGGGCCUGCUGGUAUGAAGUCCGGGCAUAUUUCACGCGACAGCGGCGUCAGUGUUAGCGGUGGGCUUAGUGGUACCGGUGACGUUGCUGCCACGGGCACUGGCUCCCAUCUGAUGUCGGCGGCGACAUCGAUCAACUACGCAAAUGCACACGCACAUCCUUCACAUAUAACGAAUGAUGAUGGUAGUAGCGGUGGUGAAGGAGGCGCCGGCAUAGUGACAAUUCGCCAAAAUGACGAUUUCACCAGCGCCCUCAGCAUAACAAGUGUGACGAGGGCCCAAAGCGGCACCUAUACGUGUCGCGUCCAAAAUGAUGCUGCUACUGUAUCGCACUCUGCACAGCUAAGAGUUAAUGUUCCGCCGCGUUGGAUCAUAAAACCCAGUGAUCAGGAUGCCAUAUUGGGUAAUCCGGUUUCGAUAAGAUGUCAAGCAGAUGGUUUUCCAGUUCCGACAGUACAAUGGAAGCAAUCAAUAGGCGAUUCCGGCGAUUAUCGCGAGCUAAGCUAUAACAUUGGCAAUGGUAAUUCUCAGUCGGUGAUUGAAACUCACAGCAAUGGUACUUUGAGUAUACCGAAGGUUGCUAGAGAACACGAAGGUAGUUAUUUAUGCCAGGCUAAUAACGGCAUCGGCGCUGGUCUCAGUACCCUUAUAAAACUAAAAGUUCAUGUUGGUCCUUCCGUAACUGUAUCAAAGAAACAAAUAACAGUUCGGCGAGGCGAUCGUGUGACGUUGCGUUGUGAAGCAGACGGCGAUCAACCGCUUGAUAUUUCAUGGCGUGGCAAAUCGAAUCGAAUCGAUCCUUCAUUUGACGUACGUUAUCACAUCAAAGAUUCACCUUUGAGCCGCGGUGUUGUUUCAGAGCUUACCAUUCUUCAGACAAUUCUUAGCGAUCGUGGAGAGUAUUCCUGUAUUGCCAGCAAUACUUAUGGUCAUGAUCGAGGCAUUAUAUACCUUCAAGUGCAAGAGCCACCAAAUUUCCCCGUUAAUCUACAUGUUACGGAUUUAGGAAGCCGUUCGGUUACUUUAGCCUGGUCACCAAAUGACCAGGAUAGCGUUGCUGUGGGUGUAAAUAAUCGUGAUUCUCAGCCUAUAUCCAAUUACAUACUGCAAUAUAAAAAAGCCGGAGAUGUUUGGCAUGAGGGAAACAAUCAGAAGCUACUACCAGGGGAAAAAACAACAGCGCAAAUCGGCUCUUUAAGACCUGCUCAAGCCUAUCACUUUCGCUUGUAUGCCGAAAAUCAUCUCGGUACCAGCGCUCCUAGUGAUAUUUUGUUAGUGCAAACGGACGCUGAAGCUCCUAACGGCCGCCCACAAGAUGUUUCAGCUGAGCCUUUAGGGCCGCAGCAAUUACUAAUCACUUGGCGGCCUCCAGAAAGAGAUACAUGGAAUGGGGAACUACUUGGCUAUACUAUUGCGUAUCAGAAACAUGGCUCUUCUGAUAAUUUUCAAAAUUUCACCAAAGUUAGCAGUUUAGGAGGUGAAGGUCUUAAUGAUUUUCGCCUUACUGGCUUGGAGAAAUACACUCAAUAUGCUGUGACCGUAUCAGCUUUCAACGUGAAAGGAGAUGGGCCACCCAGCGAGGUGGCUUUGGGGCACACUCUAGAAGACGCUCCGUCGGCUGCUCCACAAAGUGUUACAUGUAUAGCUUUAACAGCCCAGAAUAUACAAAUUUCUUGGCAGGCUCCACCUAAGGAGAAUCAUCACGGUGUUAUCCAGGGCUACAAGGUUUUAUAUGAACCAGGAAAUUUUGAUUCUGAAUACGGAACUCGCGAAACUAAAAUUACGUCGGCUCUGAGCACAGUUUUGCACGGUCUCCAACCAUUUACUAAUUAUAGCGUCCAAUCGUUAGCGUUCACUAGAGCUGGCGAAGGUGUUGUAAGCCCUACUGUAUCUUGUACAACCGAAGAAGCCGUACCAGAUGCCCCCGAACGAGUAAAGUCAGUAGUAAAUUCGGAAUCUUCUGUCAUUAUAAGCUGGCUACCACCACGGCGACCCAAUGGAAUUGUCACCAAAUAUAACGUCUACAUACGAAUAUUAGACAAGGGUCAGGAAUUGAAAAUUCUUAAAGAAGUUUUGCCAGCCCAGAAUCGACAUUUCGAAGCUAAAGAUUUGUCGACUCGCGAAACUUAUGAAGCUUGGGUUACGGCCUCCACGCGCGUAGGUCAAGGUCCCAGCACACCCGUUAUUAAACUGGUACCAAGUUCUUCAGUGCCAGCUGCAAUAAUUUCUUUCAGUCAAACUUUAAGUAUCAGCUGGCGAGUAGAUAUGAAGUUACCUUGCCUCUUUGUAGGUUCACCAAAACCGAACUCCGAAUGGAAAGUGUUGAAUGCCCGCUCCAAAAAACACUUCCGCUUGGAGGUUAGUAACGAUAACACUCUUACGCUACGCAACAUACAAAGAUCUCAUGAAGGAAAUUACUCAUGCAUUGUCAGGAACGCCAUAGGUUCGGAUCAUAUUGUCUAUCAACUUUUCGUUCAAGUGCCUCCGUCAGCCCCCAUCAUAGCUGUUAUUGGCACCACCUCCAAUUCAGUCUCAUUACAGUGGCGGGUGGAAGAUAUUGGAGGAGCACCUCUAAGAGGUUUUACGCUUACCUAUCGAAAAGAGUUCAGUGACUGGGAGGAAAUCCAGCUGGAUAGGCGAGUUAAUUCCCAACUCCUGGAGAACCUGCAAUGUGGCACCCGUUAUCAAUUUACUAUUGUAACUUUUAAUAAAAUUGGUACAAGCAACACAAGUCCCAUUGAAAUUGCAAAGACUAAAGGCAGUAAACCUAUUGCACCAGGGAAACAUAGCCUUAUUCGUCCUAAUAUAACUUCGGCUUUAGUGGAGUUGUCGUCGUGGCAAGACGGUGGUUGUCCUAUACAGUAUUUUAGUAUUGAGUUUAAGCGUUAUGGUGUCGCGAAUGACUGGAUUAUUGUGUCCAGCAGAAUAGAAACUCACACUCGUUACACCAUUGGUGAUUUGGAGGCAGGUAUUGUUUACAGCCUAAGAAUUACCGCUCAUAAUAAUGCCGGAUCGACUAUUAAAGAGUAUUCUUUUGAGACGUUGCGUUACAAUGGAAUUUCGACUGAAUUAGAUCAGAGCGAUCUGCCAGAAGUAUCGAGUUUGUUUAGAGAUGCCCAUCUAAUUGCGGUCAUAAUUACAUCCAUAUUCGGCACAAUAUUAGCUUUGAUUGGCGCCUGUAUGUGCUUUAAGAACUAUCCAAGGCAGUUGUUCACAAGAAAUGUCGAGAGUUUGCGGCCGUCUGUCAACGAGGGAAAGGACAUCCAACACCGUGAGCAAUACUAUGAGCACGAAAAUCAAUCAGCAAAUAUACCACUGAACCGCAAAGGCAUUCAACCCAUGUAUGAUCCAAGGGGAGGCGAUGACAACACACUAUCUAGUACGGGAGUGAAAGUGAAGCGGUCUGUCUCGGCUAGCGUGGGUAGUGGCAACAUAUCCCUGGGAGGUGGCGAAUGCAGUCAUACAAGUACCGAAAAACGGCAUAAACGGCGUUCUAAGGCCAUUAAAUCCGAAUCCGAAGAAUACGAUAGUCUCAACAGUGAUAGCGAUCUUAGCGGUGAACGAAUACGUGACGAUAACCGCAGCUCACAUACUGAUGCUUCCAAUCAAAUGGACAAUUCGGGCUGCAACAUGCACGGUCAUAGUCCACGUAGUGGAAGCGGGAACAAGGAACGCCUGUCGGUAUUUAGCAGGCCUCAACUUCAUAAAAGUAUUUUACCGAAACGCAAGAAAGAUUCCACGAGCGAGAACUCACGCACUUCUAACGGGCUGGCCGAUACUGCUUCUGAACAGCAACAGCAAUCAUCGAACAAAGGCAAACAAAAUAAGCCAUUAUCGUUUAAAUCUAGAAAAUCUUUCUUUCAAAUUAUUAUACCUACUAAAAUUAUUACCCCCAACCCACAGUCCGCCAUUUUUGCACCUCGUCCAAAAAGCGUACCAACCGCUAGUAAUAGUAAAGGAUUGACAAGUGAUCAUGAAAAGCCGACAAGAACAAAAACAAAAUCCCAAGCCCAUGUUCCACCACACCAGUAUGUACAUCUCCUACAACGUCCCCGAUCAGAGAUAAAAGCCGCACAAAAGCAACAGCCUGCACGAACCUUUUCACCAACCACAUCACCCUCACACCGAAUUGCAUCAUCGUCCAAGCAUGAACACAAGGUCACCUCUACUGUCACCAAAACCACCACCACUGCCGAUCAAACGAAUCAUCAACCCAUAAGCAAUUCCCGCAGUAGUCCCAAUGCUUUGGUGAUUUUGAAAUCUUCGGGUAGCGGCGGCAGUGGUAGUAGCGAUAGUAUGGUCGGAUACCAACAAAAGAGCUCUCUAUCGAAUAGCGUGGACACGGUGCCGCUCGACUACCGGCUCUUUGACCCGCCACCAAAACAACAACGCAAACGGCAACAGUCGAGUCUCAAAGCCACACAAUCACCACAAUCUUAUCAUCAGCGACAAGCUUCAGACGAAUGUGCCCAAGAUACAGCCAACAAUACAAAUAUGUCCGGCAGUUUAUCCGGCAAAAUACGAGCAAAAAAUACCGAUAAUAAUUCCAGCAGCGGAAACAGUAUCGCCAAUGAAUUCCAAUCUUCACCUAAGGACAGCGUCCCCGCCCCGAAUAUUGUCCAAUCGGGCUCCUAUGUCGAAAUACUAAAACAAGCAGCCGCUGCUGCUAAUCAACAAACAACUGCCGAACAGCGCUUAAUUUCACAUACUAAAGGUACUGCCAUUGCAUCCUCUCCCCUAGCCUGUCAUAAUAAAAGUUAUGGGGACUUUUUAACCAUAACACCACGUAGGAAAGGAAAACUGCUUGGCAAUCAAACGGACAACGUUAAACACAUAACACCAAGCGGUAUGAUGGAAGCGCCAGAUAAUUAUCGCCAUCAUUUACCACAUAGUAUUGAACCGUUACAUUUACUCGGUAUACCCAAUGAGAAUAUGUCAACAUUUUUCGAUUACCGUGCCAUGGAAACGCUAAGCAAUGCGGACACAUUGGCCAUAGGAUCCACAAUGGCCACGCAUUUGUAUCCAAAUAAAAGUAAAGCAGGUUAUGAAACAUCGUCAACGUUGGCCAGCCAAACAAACACUGCCGUGCCAGAUGAAUAUCAACAUAUAAUCAGCGAAAAGAAUUUAAGUCCACCUUCGGCAUUUUGUGAUAACAUAUCAAUUAAUAAAAUUUAAGAAAAUAAAAAAAAAGCAAAAAAAAAAAGAAUUAAAAAGAGAGGAAAACUACUUAAAACAUGGAACUCGAAACUGCCUACACCAGCAAUGGCUUCACGCAAAGGAAGCUAUAAAUAUUAGAAGAAGCAUAGACCAAAAUAACUACAAAUCGAAGCUCAAAAUCAAACAUAUCCCGAAAUACAGUUAGGUAUAUGGGUGCAUAUAUAUAUAUAUAUAUAUAUCACCAGGAUAUUUUAAAGCAUUUGUAGCAUCACGAUGUCAUUACAACUUUAAGACAUAGAAAACAAAAACGCGUAUUGCGUAAUUACUAAAUUUUAUAAUUAACGAAACCUUGUCAGUGUAUGUGUGUUGUACAUAGAAAAUAAGCCCUAUUAUUAGUAUAUAUGACCGAGAAAACA